CCAACUCUAUCAGUCAUGGACUCCUUCACCUACUUCAAGUUUAAGCUAUGCUUUACUAUCUUCUUCUUCAUACAUUAUGGUCUGGCCUCCGCGCAGCUAUCACCGAAUUUCUAUGCAAGUUCAUGCCCCCAAGCCUUGUCGACUAUUAAGUCUGUUGUUGACUCUGUUGUGUCUCAAGAGCGUCGGAUGGGUGCCUCUCUUCUACGUCUCCAUUUCCAUGACUGCUUUGUUAAUGGUUGUGAUGGAUCUGUACUGUUAGACAACACUACAACCUUCACAGGAGAGAAAUCAGCUGGGGGUAAUAUAAAUUCGCUGCGAGGAUUCAAGGUGGUGGAUAGAAUGAAGUCCCACCUAGAGAGAAUCUGUCCCGGCGUUGUUUCUUGUGCCGACAUCCUCGCCAUUGCUGCUCGUGACUCAGUCGUCGCUUUGGGUGGAUCCUCAUGGACAGUCCGUUUAGGAAGGAGAGAUUCAACUACUGCAAGCUUAAGUGCUGCAAACAGCAACCUCCCAUCUGCUUUCGCGAAUAUUACUGCUCUCACAUCCCUCUUCUCCAGCAAAGGACUUAGUGCCAAGGAUUUGGUGGCACUUUCAGGAUCUCACACAGUAGGGAUGGCAAGGUGCACAGUAUUCCGAGCUCGGAUCUACAAAGAAACCAACAUAAACACGGCAUAUGCGAAAUCUUUGAAGUCGAAUUGUCCCAGCUCAGGUGGUGACAGCAUUAUCUCCCCUCUCGACACCACUCCUAAUGCCUUUGAUAGCUCUUAUUACACCAACUUGCUCAAACUCAAGGGCCUUCUACACUCAGAUCAAGCACUCUUCAGUGGUGGUGGUGGCUUCUUUGAUUCUCAAGUCAAGGCUUAUAGUGCCAAUUCUGCAUCUUUCUUCAAAGAUUUUGGAAAAGCCAUGAUUAAGAUGGGAAACAUUAGCCCACUCACCGGCUCUAAGGGUCAGAUUAGGACCAAUUGUAGGAAAGUUAAUUCAGGUUAAGAGACUCAAUUUUCUUUAAUUUUCAAUGCUCUAAUAUGUUUUUUUAUCAUAUUCGAUCUAAAUGUUCAUUGCUCCUUGGCAAUCUUGAUGUACUUAAUAAGCAAAGCAAAAUGGUUUGAUGAUACUAAAUAAUCCAAUAAAUAUUAAGAAUCAAAUAAAAUCAUGUAUAAGUAAGCUGUUAGUCUCUUUGAAUUUGUAAUUUAACUCAAUGACACUUUCAUAGAGAUGAUCGUCCAAGAAAAAUGCUUUCUUAUAUUCCACAACUUAUUGUGAAAUAGAGGCUAUUGUUUGGGCUUUGGGUCUUGAGAGUGCUCUAGGUCCGGAUGGUUUUUUGGAUGUAUUUUUUUGAAAAUAUUGGGUUUUUAUUGGUAUGAA